AUGAAAGUUGUUGAAUACCAUGAGGAGCAACGUGCCAUCGGACUUGCUCGGCCAGUGCUUGGAUCAGUUCUCUUGGACGACACCAUCUACAUUGUCAGCGACACCAUGAUCUGGUCACUUACCAAUGAUGCACUCAAGAACGAGCAUCCACAACUCACAGCAUUGGCACGAGUACCAACAAUGACAGUGAUAACGCUACCAGCGACGCUUUACACCGACAAAACCACCAUCGAAGAUGAAGGCUUCUUCAUCAUGGAUGAUACCUUUACAAUAUACAGUUACGCUAUUAAAACUCGUCAGCUGAUGUCAAUACCGUCCGCGCACAAUCAUACAACGACGGCUCUGGUACCUGCUCCUCGUACUGGACAUGCUAGCGUGUCUUCAGUUGAUUAUCAGCAUUUGUUUCUUUACGGUGGAAAACCCAUUGAAAAAAACGGCACCACCACCACCACAGCAACAACAACGUCUGCAUUAGAUACUACAUUCUGGAAAUAUAAUCUAGUUAAGCAGCAAUGGUCACCUCUAGCGGAUCAUCCAAGCAAAGACGGUCGUGGAUAUUAUGGUCAUACCAUGAGCAUGCUUAGCAACGGCCAGUUGGUAGUCUUAGGUGGAGCAAAAGCGUGUGGUCAGAAUGAUGAGCUGGUUGACCUUGCGAAUGCAAUAGUAUACGACACUCACAGUGGCCAAUGGCAUGAAAAAACUCUGGGUGGACGCGUUCCUGCAUCACGAAUGUACCACAGUGAAAUUGUCAUUUGUGGAGGUCAAGAUAAUGUUCCUCCACCUUUUCAUACGUACUUGUCAGCAGAUCAGCAGCACUUGGAAGAAAUGACAGCUUUGUUAAACACCAAAACAUGGGAAUGGCAAGCAGUAAUUCCUUCUACAAAUAACCAGCCGCUACCACAGUCUAUGGCGUCUGCCCUGCUUAUCGAUGGUACCAAAAUGCUUUACGGUCUUGGUCAAAGCUAUCAAACCAUACAUGAUGGCUUAUAUAUUUUGGAUAGUGAAACAUUAGAAUGGUUACCACGUGGAGCACUUGGUUCUUCUUCGACUGCAUGGCUCGGGUCUGGAGACGAACUUGCAUCUUCAGCAGCCAUGCUGAGCGCUGCCGUCAUCAUUGCAUUGUGCUUUGCCGUAAUAGCGGUGAUUGUUCUUAUUUGGUUGUUGUGGAGACUAGGGCGAAAAGCUAUCCUUCAAGGUAUCUCAUCGAUUAAGCAUGAGUUGUGGGAUCCCAGACCCGGUGAGCCUGGAUGGACCGAGUUCGCUCGCUUGGCGUUAAAGUUUACUUUUGGCGCGUAUAUGGUCUACCUCGUACUAUCUCUAACCAGACAGAUCAUCCAUAGUCCCAUCAUCGAUCAGCAGUACUAUGAUGAAACUACAGAUGGAUCAAUCUACGUACCUGAUGUCCGAUUCUGCUUUGAUGACUAUCAGCAAACAGAACCGUAUGUCCGGUGUGCUACAGAUUAUGGCAUGCAAUGUUCACAAUACUUGCAAACCUUCUACCCGCCUACAGCGCGCGAACGAGUAUGCAUCUUAUUUCGAGCGCCUGAUACCGUACGGCUGGCUUCGCCCGUUCAUCGACAAGCAGAAGGAUCGUAUCUAAAGUUCGACUAUUACGGCAACGUAACCCAAGUUCAAAUUAGUCUUUACCACCGAGACCAUGAUCCGAAUCUCGAAAUUUACAAUUUAAAAAAAGAAAACGACGGCGAUGAUAUGUUUGAAUGGACGUCACCUUAUGAAGAAAGCCACUUUCGUGCAGCUGAGUCAACAACAUACCAUCAUUACCAGGAGCAACAGCACUUGGUGACAGCCAACCGGGUACACACAGGCAGCUAUGCACUCGGCAAACGCAUUGUAUUAAAAGAAGACUCAUGGUGGAACUAUAUUGGGUACGCCUCAGACACGGCUACAUGGCACCAAAUCACCAGCUCCAAACUGAUAUCAGAAUCAUCUCCACCUACAUACGUGACGGGUGGCGGCGGUGGCAAGCAACCACUAGGCUCACUCCAUUUGUUUCCAGAACGAUAUACAACCCAGAUCACGGCAGAGCAGCGUGCCUUUACUGUCGUUCAAGCGAUUGGCGUUUUGGGUGGUGUGUUUGGUUUGCUGGUAACAGCUCAACAUUGGCUAUUUGGUUACCGUCCACGAUCACCUUGGGGCGUUAUUCAACGGUGGUCGAUAGGACAGAUGCGUCUAUCACUUCUUCAAGGCCUGCUCAGUAAAUUCCAGCAAAAGCAUGAAAACGUUCCUAUUGUGCACCCGCUACUAAAGAGAACAUCGUCAUCAGCGACACACGUCGAACGAAUGGCCCACUUGGAAGAUCGGUUACAUACGCUCGAGCAGUUGUUCCAGGCGUAUUACAUCGAUGAUGAAAUAUUUCAAUCAUUAGAUCAAGCGUUUACUCGACCAACGUCUGCAAAUAAUAGCAAGGCGCCUAAUGAUAGCUUAUUACGACUCCGUCUGCCAUCUUUCAAAAAAGCAAAACAUUCCACUUCGUUGUAA